UGAGUGAGCGUACUGAUCCAGGUGAAGUUCUCAGUGUUAAGAAGCUAAUCACCAAUCAACUAGAGGAAUGCAUUGAAGAGUAUAAGAAACUACCUCUAGAAAUAGAAGACAAAGGAGCCAUUUUAACGCUUGUAGAUACGUCUACUUUAAAUAAAGAGAUCAAUGAGUUUGGAAGUUUUUUGGAGUUUGAUCAGCUUGAGCCAUUACUUUAUUCCAUUGAUAGUGGGUUAGCUAUUCCACUGGCAACAGUAAAGAAAGAAAGGAAAUUCAAAGUGGCUCUAUCAGCAGGCAUUGAUAAAGCAGCAAGCUAUUUGAAGGGUUCCUUUAUCAAAAGUGAUAGGAGGAAAAAGGAGGGUAGAGUUGUUAUAGUUAAUGAUAACAAGACAGCCAUUGUAUCAUGCACACCUCAAAGUAUUGGUGGAUAUGAACUAUCAGUUACUAUAAGAGGUCACCAUAUUAAAGGUAGUCCUUAUCAACUGUCAGUAAAAGCAUCAAGAGACUAUACCACACUAACUAACCAGAGAUCCUUUAAUGUGGGGAGCAGUACUUAUGGUGUUGCUGUUCAUACUAAUGGUGAAGUAUUUGCUAGUAGUUGGGAUGGGUUUGUUCAGGUAUUUAGUGAGGAUGGUACUGCAGUAAGAAGGAUUGGAUCUAAAGGUAAGGGUAAUGGAAAGUUUGGCAGGCCCUGGGGUUUAUUGCUGGUAGGAGACAGGCUCUAUGUGUCUGAUUAUAAUCUUAAUCGUGUGCAGUAUUUCUCAGCUACUACUGGUCAGUAUAUUGGUCAGUUUGGUAGUAAAGGUAAUGGGAAUGGACAGUUCUCUAAACCUGAAGGUAUGUCUACUGAUGGUAAAGGCAAUAUAUUAGUAGCUGAUUACAGCAACAAAAGAGUACAAGUGUUUAAAGAAGAUGGUACAUUUGUACAAGUCAUACAAUGUGAUGGUACUGCAUCUGAUGUAGCAGUUGAUAAUGAAGGAAAGAUACACGUUACCAUUUGUGGUCAAAAUCAUGUUCAAGUCUUCUCUCCUGAUG